AUGGCUACCGACAAGUCUCCCGGCCGACCUAGGGCCCCAACUAUCACGAUCGACACCAGUGCCGAUUCUACAGACUUUACAGACCGUCCUCGCCAGUCCUUGGGAUCUCCGACGGACUUGACGGCGAGUCCGACGACAUUAUAUCCAGACAUGCCUCAGCCCUCGGGCGCGUCGCAGUCGAGCUCGAGACCUGAUUUCCGGCCUUCGCAUUCGUUCGAAAGCCAGCGGGAUAGUCGCCCGCAAAGCCCGCACAAUGUAUCCAGCCCGGUUGCAGCGCGAGGGAAGGCACCGUCGCAGGGUUUCCUUGCCGUGCCAACUCAUCCGCGCUCGAGGCAAAAUUCUGUCGACAGCAGUGAUUAUACGUCGUCACAGGGAGAGACUGCCGUUGGAACAGCGUCCACAUGGCAAGGAGAAAAGGCAGUUUCCAGCGCUGGAGAGCUCACUCACGAACAAAUUACUAGCGAUGCCGACGCACUGAAGCCAGACGCCGGCAAGGAAGCCGACUUUCAUGUGGAUAAUAACCCAUUUGCGUUCAGUCCUGGCCAGCUCAGCAAAAUGUUUAAUCCCAAGAGCCUUGCAGCAUUCUGGGCUCUUGGUGGUCUUAAAGGUAUCGAGAAAGGAUUGCGGUCUAACAGAGAUAGCGGUCUAAGCAUUGACGAAAAGCAUCUCGAUGGUGCUGUAUCAUUUGAUCAAGCAACAGGGAAGAGCACUUCAAAAAUGGCUACUGAAGGCACCGAGAACCCACCAACUAGUGUUGCUCGCAGAAAUACCUCUGGACAUGACGCCGAUCAAACGUUCGUUGACCGCAAGCGGAUUUACUCGGAUAACCGUAUUCCCGAAAAGAAGGGAAAAACCUUUCUUCAACUCGUCUGGAUUACCUACAACGACAAGGUACUUAUUUUGCUGUCUAUUGCUGCAGUUGUCUCUCUCGCAAUUGGUCUAUACGAAACUUUUGGUGGUCACGGUGAAGGUGUUGAGUGGGUCGAAGGUGUGGCUAUCAUUGUAGCCAUUACCAUCGUCGUUCUCGUGGGCUCCUUGAACGAUUGGCAAAAGGAGCGUCAGUUUGCCAAACUCAACAAGAAGAAACAAGACCGUUUAGUCAAGGUCGUACGGUCCGGCAAAACUGUAGAGAUUUCCGUUUUCGAUAUCUUGUCAGGUGACGUCGUCCAUCUUGAGCCGGGCGAUUUGAUCCCGGUGGACGGUAUCCUGAUCAAAGGUUAUGAUGUCAAGUGCGACGAGUCUCAGGCAACGGGAGAAUCAGACAUCAUUCGCAAACAAUCCGGCGAUGAAGUAUUUGAUGCCAUUGAGAAUGGUGAUAAACUGAAGAAAGCCGAUCCGUUUAUUCAAUCUGGUGCUCGUGUCAUGGAAGGCAUGGGUACUUAUAUGGCGACGUCGACGGGCAUUUAUUCGAGUUACGGAAAGACACUCAUGGCAUUGGAUGAGGAUCCAGAGAUCACGCCGCUGCAGUCCAAGUUGAACGUUAUCGCCGAAUACAUUGCCAAACUUGGAGGUGGCGCUGGUCUGCUUCUGUUCAUUGUACUCCUCAUCAUCUUCCUGGUCAAGCUUCCGCACAACAACGAGACACCAAUUGAAAAGGGCAUGGAGUUUCUCAACAUUUUCAUUGUUGUAGUGACAAUUAUUGUUGUCGCAGUUCCAGAGGGUCUACCGUUGGCAGUCACUCUUGCUCUAGCCUUCGCGACUACUCGCAUGAUCAAGGACAACAACCUUGUGCGUCAUUUGAAGGCCUGCGAGGUCAUGGGAAAUGCCACGACAAUUUGCUCCGACAAGACGGGUACCCUGACACAAAACAAGAUGCAGGUUGUCGCCGGAACUAUUGGUACUGCCCAUCGUUUCGGAAGCACUGCGCAACGCGAAUCUGAGGAAAGCGCCACAGCCGGAUCUACAAAUGCUGGAGACGUCGCCGACGAUCUGACUGCCGCUGAGUUUACCAAGGUCCUUGCGGCAGACGUGAAGCAACUACUACUCAAGUCAAUUUCUCUCAACUCCACUGCUUUCGAGGGUGAAGUCGACGGCGUCAAGACUUUUAUUGGUUCCAAGACUGAAACUGCCAUGCUCAUCUUCGCCCAGGAGCAUUUGGGUAUGGGUCCGGUCAGUGAAGAGCGCUCAAACGAAAAGAUCCUGCAACUUGUACCCUUUGAUUCGGGAAGAAAGUGCAUGGGUAUUUUCAUUCAGCUACCGAAUGGCCGAGUUCGACUCUACGUCAAGGGCGCUUCUGAAAUUGUUCUAUCAAAGUGCACAGAAAUCAUCCGCGACCCUUCCACGGAUUUGACCAGUUCGCCCCUGACAGCAGAAAACGAUGCAACUAUCAAGACUCUGAUCAACAGCUAUGCCUCACGGUCCCUCAGAACCAUUGGUAUCAUCUAUCGCGAUUUCGAACAAUGGCCUCCGAGAAACGUCAAGCGCGCCGAGGGUAACCGUAACGAGGUUUCUUUUGACGAUGCUCUCCGGAACAUGACCUUUAUUGGCAUGGUUGGAAUUCAGGAUCCUCUUCGUGAAGGCGUGCCCGAUGCUGUGAGGGACUGUCAGAAGGCUGGAGUGAUUGUGAGAAUGGUCACGGGUGACAACAAAUUGACUGCCCAAGCCAUUGCUAAAGAAUGUGGUAUUUUGGUCGGAGAUGGUAUUGUCAUGGAGGGCCCCGAGUUCCGCAACUUGUCCAGAUUACAGCAGAACGAAAUCAUCCCCCGCCUCCAGGUGCUUGCCCGCUCCAGCCCCGAGGACAAGCGCAUAUUGGUCCGCAGACUGAAGGAUAUGGGUGAGACUGUUGCCGUAACUGGUGAUGGCACGAACGACGCCCCUGCUCUCAAGCUCGCUGAUGUGGGUUUCUCCAUGGGUAUCGCCGGUACUGAAGUUGCGAAAGAGGCAUCUGCUAUUAUUCUCAUGGACGACAACUUCAACAGUAUUGUGAAGGCUUUGAAGUGGGGUCGUGCUGUCAAUGAUGCUGUCAAGCGCUUCCUGCAGUUCCAGCUGACUGUCAAUAUUACUGCCGUUAUCUUGACCUUUGUUACUGCUAUUACGAAUAACCAGGAAUCAUCUGUCCUGACGGCUGUCCAACUGCUGUGGGUCAACUUGAUCAUGGACACUCUGGCUGCUCUCGCUUUGGCAACAGAUCCACCACAGGACAGCGUCUUGGACCGCAAGCCCGAGCGUCGUGGCGCCAGCAUCAUCUCUAUUACGAUGUGGAAGAUGAUACUUGGCCAGGCCAUUUACCAGUUAGCUAUCACCUUUCUGCUCUACUACGGCGCAGGUGCCAUUUUUGGAUUCGAUGAUGCGGUGGAGACUCAACAACGAGAUACUCUUGUUUUCAACACUUUUGUGUGGAUGCAGAUUUUCAACCAGUGGAAUAACCGUCGCCUGGAUAACAAGUUCAACAUAUUCGAGGGCUUAUUCUCGAACUGGUUCUUUAUCUGCAUCAACGUGGCUAUGUGCGGUGCUCAAGUGUUGAUUAUCUUUGUUGGCGGUCGCCCGUUCUCGAUCUCCGAGACGGACCCACCACAGACGGGUCUUCAAUGGGCUCUUGCCAUCGUGCUUGGUUUCAUCUCGAUUCCGAUCGGCAUAGUAAUCCGACUGAUUCCCGAUGUUCUCCUGACGAAGCUGAUUCCAGCAUCCUUGAAGCGCAGAUCUUCUCGCGUUCCAGGCUUUACCGUCACUGAUGAAGAGCGAUUUGAGCACUACCCGGAACCCCUUGCCGAUGUUAGGGAUGAGCUUACUUUCCUCAAGCGGUUCAAGGGUGGUCGUCUGAACAAUCUCAAAUUCGCAUUGCACAACCCCAAGGAAGUUCUCAUGCAGAUCCGAAGCCCCUCGCACUCCAGAUCGAAUUCCAUGAGGGAGACGUUGCCGCCACGAACUCCCAUCCGCGAGGAUAGUACCGGCGAAUCGCCUGCACCGACACCCAACUCACGCGCUCGGUCUCGGUCCAUGAGAUCCGGAAGGAGUCGUUCGAACUCAGCCCUUGGCGCAACUACCGUUAUGGCGGGAAUCAUUGCCGGCUCCGUUGGUGCUGGCUGGUCCCCGGUGCAGGAUCGCAGCAAUGUCGAAUUCCCGCCGCGUGGAGCCACUGGACCUUCGCCUCUGGCAUAUACGGAGGAACCUGAACCCAUCGAGGAAGACGCAAAGGCAGAUGUUCCGACUCUCAAGGUGCCAGAACCUCCGGCCAGGCCUUCUAAAUCGUAA